AUGGGCCAACAGAAUGCAACACUGCUGACUGAAUUCAUUCUGACAGGAGUCUCCAGGCGGCCUGAGCUGCAGCUUCCCCUCUUUGGGGUCUUCCUCCUCAUCUACACAAUCACAGUGAUGGGCAACCUAGGCAUGAUCAUACUGACCAAGCUGGAUUCCCGUCUGCACACACCUAUGUAUUUUUUUAUCAGACACCUGGCUUUCAUUGACCUUGGCAAUUCCACUGUCAUUUGUCCCAAGAUGAUGGUGAAUUUUUUUGUUGAUCAAAAUAUCAUUUCCUUCUAUGCAUGUGCCACCCAGAUGGCUUGUUUUAUUUUGUUCAUCAUCAGUGAACUUUCCAUUUUGUCUGUCAUGGCCUACGACCGAUACGUGGCCAUCUGCAACCCUCUGCUCUACAAUGUUAUCAUGUCUCAGAGACUCUGUCAUGUGCUGGUGGGCAUCACAUACCUCUAUAGCACCUUUCAGGCUCUCUUGUUCCCUGUAAAGUAUUUCACAUCGACCUUCUGUGGCUCUAAGGUCAUCAGUCAUUUCUACUGUGAUGUUGUUCCAUUGUUACCUAUGAUCUGCUCAGAUGCACAGGAAACAGAAUUGUUAAUGAUACUAUUUUCAGCAUUUAAUUUGAUCUCCUCUCUCCUGGUAGUCCUAGUGUCCUACCUUCUGAUUCUGUUAGCCAUAUUUCGAAUGCAUUCUGCAGAAGGCAGGAAAAAAGCUUUCUCCACGUGUGGCUCUCAUCUCACAGUGGUAGUGGUGUUCUAUGGGUCUCUACUUUUUAUGUAUGUGCAGCCCAAAUCCAGCCACUCCUAUGAAACUGAUAAACUGGCUUCUGUAUUUUACACAUUAGUUAUCCCAAUGCUUAACCCCUUGAUCUAUAGUCUAAGGAACAAAGAGGUGAAUAAUGCCUUCCAGAGGGUACUCAAAAAUCACUGCAAGAGUUUAAAGCUGCUUUGCACAUUUCUAAGAACUUGA